AUGAUGUACACUGAGCAUCAUCAGCAGGAUCCAUUGAUCUUGUUAAACUCGCAUCACAUGGACGACAUGCUUGUACCCAUCACAAUAAAGCCUCUACCUGCUUUACUAGCUCCACCUGCCAAUCUCAGUCUGUCCGCCACAUCGCUGCAGACGCCCAAUGCCACCAACAGCAGCUACUAUCAUCACACGAGCGACUCGCAUCAAACGGAAUCCAUGUCAGUCUCAGAACCGUCUCCACUGCCACAUGCAACUUUGCCUGAUCUACCAUCACAGCUACCAGCAGUAUCUUCCCCAAAUUACUAUUCAGUCAUUCAAAAGCAAUCACAAGAGAUUCAAGAACUUCGGCAAGAUCUGGUUCGACUCAACCAAAAAUACGUGGAUCAAAUUGAGCGCAUGCAAACUGCCGAACAUGCUAAACAUCAAGUAGAGUCAGAGCUGGAAGAUUUAUCAUUACGACUAUUUGAACAAGCGAAUCAAAUGGUUUCUGAUGAGAAAAAGGCACGAUUCCAUGCAGAGCGAAAGGCUGCCUUGUUGGAGCGAGAAUUGAUAGCAGUGUAUGAAGAGUUGGGUAAUGAGCGAGCUCAAUUGAAUGAGUUGCGGGUCAAGCUAUAUGAGCCGUUUGUACACCCAUUGGAUCAACAACCAUCAGCACAGCACAUAUCACCACUACAAGAGCCACAGUUACACUCUAUUCAGCAUGGCAUUUCUACAGCUGCAUAUUUAGACCAUAAUUGGUUGAACUUAUUCAAGGGUUUUUUGACAUUGGCACCAAAAACACCUUUGGAACACAUACACAAGCUGCAAUUCAUGAAACAGUGCCUCGAAUUGGACAUCGAGCCCUGUCUUCGAUUCGGAAAUAAUGCGAAGGGUGGGCAUCUCUCUUGGAAAAGAGCCCUAGAUGCUAUUCUUCAUCAGUCCUGCUUUAUUGAAUCAGAGACGAGCUUUAUGAAACGUUUGUCGCACGAUACUGCUGCUUCUAGCGCUUCUACUGCUGUUACUGCACCACUGAUUGUGGCAAGAAGAUCUUCAUUCGCUCAACUUGCGAGUCGAUUUCGCCCUUCAUCUGCGUCUGCUGUGGUGAAGCAACUAUGCUAUGGAUGUGGGACGGAAUUGCAAGCACCGCUCUUUCGAUUUCGGUUAAAAGAGCAGGAUACAGAUUCCUAUACCAUUGAUCGCUCCUGUCGCGAUCGUCUAGUAGCCGUAUGUGAUUUUUAUGUAUUUAUUAGGCAUGUUAGAUUGGGACUCCAGAGCCAGAAAACAAUCCAAUGCUUGUUUAGAGAAUGUGUCUGGCUUAGGCUCUGUAUGUUUUGGGCAAGAUCAGGCAUUCAUCAUGAUGACUCGGUCUUGUCUGUUAAUGAAGAAUGA